AUGAGAAUUCUUGUUGGAGUUAAACGAGUAAUUGAUUUUGCUGUGAAAGUUCGUGUGAAAAAAGAUGGAACUGGAGUUGUAAAGGAUGGGGUUAAUCACUCAAUGAAUCCUUUCUGUGAAAUCGCUUUGGAGGAAGCGGUUCAAAUAAAAGAACGAAAGGAAAAAGCUGGUAAAGGACCUGUAGAAGUUGUUGCUCUCUCAAUUGGAUCACAAAAGGCUCAGGUUUUUAACUUUAAAAUUUUACAUAAGAAAUUGUUCUAG